CCGCCGCCGCGCCAGGCAAGGUUGUGUCCACAUGUGACCAGCUGAAACUAGUUUGGAAGACACAAAGGGAAAGCGAGGGAGAUAAGGAGCCGAUAGCAGGGCAGGCGGGGCAGCGGAGCCAAGCCAAGCGGCCGGGAAAAGCACGAGGCAGCCUUCCGCCAGAGACGCACCCAGGACGCGCCAGUUCAGCCCUCCGCAUCCAUCCAGAAUGCAGGCCCGUGGACUCUUUCUCCUUCUGGUUUUUAUGCUCCUGGCUGUAUCUUCAGAAGCAGGCAAGAAUAAGAAGGACAAGGUCAAGAAAAAUGGUUCCGAUUGUGAGGAAUGGCGCUGGGGCCCUUGUAUCCCCAACAGCAAGGACUGUGGUGUGGGCUUCCGUGAGGGAACGUGUCAGGAUGAGACCAAGAAGCUGAAAUGCAAGAUUCCAUGCAACUGGAAGAAGGAGUUUGGAGCUGACUGCAAGUACAAGUUUGAGAACUGGGGUGGCUGUGACCCUGCGACAGGUCUGAAGGCCCGUUCAGGUACUCUGAAGAAAGCUCUUUACAAUGCCGAGUGCCAGGAAACUAUUCAAGUGACUAAGCCCUGCUCUCCCAAGACCAAGUCAAAACCCAAAGCCAGAAAAGGAAAGGGGAAAGACUAGUAUGAUGGAUACAGUCCCACCAUCUUCAGGGCAUGGUGCCUGAACCCACUUGGAUACACGCCACUUGAAGCUGCAGCUUGGCCUCUCCCAGCUUGGCAAUACCUUACCAAACCCCAUUAUUCUUCAGCCUACACAACCUUAUCUUUAACUGCAACAUCCUUAGUUUUAUAGCAUGCAGGCCCACCCUUUCCUAAAGAAGUGUGUUGCUUGCCUUUCCCUUAACUUCUCUUCUACCUCCUGUCCUCUCUGCUCUCUGUGUUGUCCCAGUAUCCUUUGCUCUGGUUUGCUUCCCUGAAUGCAGCAUGAUGUUUGGAAAUGGGCUCAGCUGCAACCAGGUCUUGCUAAAGCUCUCCACCUGUGGGGUUCUUUGUCAAAGCCAGAUGGCUUUUUGGCAGCCUCUUGCAAUCUUAGCAAUGCCCGUGGUUUCUCCACAUAGCUUCCUCCGGUCAUAAACCAAACCUUUCUUUAAGGCACCCCAAGGAAACCCCUUUCAAGGAAUGAGAAGGGAUGUGAGAGAAAUCACAGUAGAAAUGGGAUGGGGAACCAUAUCUGCCUUACCUCCCUAAAAGAGGCACUGUGUACAGUAGGAAAAUGCAGACCUCUUUGGUAUCGCUUUGCACUCCCUUUCCCACGGACGAAGUGCCUACUUCCUGGCAUGCUCUGUGUGUAUGUGCAUGCACACACCUUUCCCUUCCCCAUCUCUAAUGCAUAUAUGUUUCUUCAUAGGCAGCCUUCCCAUCUGAGGAGCAGCACAGCUGGGUAAUCUCACUGAGCUGUGCUUGCUUGCUCUCUGCCCACAAGACACACCUUGCCUUCCUUUCAGCAUCAGGAAAGGAUCCCUCAGAGCCAAUGAAGCUGGUUCCCCCUUUUCAGUCCCUUUUGUCUGUAUUCCUGCUGGGAUGCUGUGGCCUUUCCCUCCUCUACUGGUGCUGGGUAAACCCUGUCUGCUUUUCACAGUUUCCCCCCUUUUCCAAUAAAGAUCUUUUUACAAAAACAG